AACUCAACUAACUACUCUAAAACCUUCGUGGAUCGCACAGCUCGAGAGCAUAGCUACGUCCGCUAUCCACUAUUUUCACCAGCGCUCCCAAGCGUAACGACUCUGGGAAUAUGGCCGACGACGACGUGCUCGCUGAGCUCGAGGCCGUUGGUAAAGAAUAUGACAAGGAUGCUGAGAUUGAGCGUAUUCUCGGCGUCUUCCGCCUCGACGCAUACGCCGUCCUCGAGCUCCAACCGGGAGUCCCAGACUCCGACAUCAAGAAGACGUACCGCGUGAAAUCCCUCCUAAUCCAUCCUGACAAGACCAAGAACCCGCGUGCCCCAGACGCUUUCGAUCGGCUCAAGAAAGCUCAGACGGAGCUCCUCGACGAGAAACUAAGGGAAAAGCUCGACGAGGCGAUCGCCGACGCUCGUAUGUUGACUAUGCGCGAUCUGAAACUCACCAAGGACGACGAGGAAGUCAAGAGUGAGGAGUUUGCAAAGGCGUGGCGCGAGAAGACGAAGUGGGUGAUCAUGGAUAACGAACAGAGGAGGCAAAGACAGAUGAAGGCACAGAUGCGCGAAGAGGGUAGACAGCAGCGCAAGGACGAUGAGGAGAUUGCCGAGCGUAAGCGGAAGAGGGAGCACGAGGACAACUGGGAGAAGACACGAGAUACGCGGAUCAACAGCUGGAGAGACUUCCAGAAGGGCGCCGACGGCAAGAAGAAAAAGAAGAAGGUCAAGGCAUUGGGUUGAAUGGAGGGAUACAAUACGCCCACAUUUCGCGACUCUCCUACGACCCACUGACCACUUUGCUGCUUCUCUAUAUCCACAUUAUAACCGCUGCUGGCGCCGGGAGUUGAGUGAUUGGGAUUAUGCAUGCAAGCGUUCAUUCCGGCAUGGCUCUGCAACGCGCCAGAUCGAAUUAUUGAUAUGCUUCUGGCGUUGAUGACUGGCGCUCGUCUAUGAGGGGUAAUUAAAUGAUUGUGCAAGUUCGUCAUACUCAGAUCAGGCUAGGAUGCAUGCAAGGGCCGCACAGGCACUUGACUAGGGUUUCUAUAACUACAUCGUGCAUACAUACACGAUACUCAUGAAAGAAUAUACAAAUCUCUUCG